ACUUUUGAUUAUUUAUAACAAGCAACGAUUAUUUUAAACAAAUAACAACAAUAUAAAGUAUAACUAAAAAACACACACAAAGAAAAGAAAGCAGCAUUAAACAAAUAAAUAAAUAAAAUGAAGGUCGCUGAUAUGCUUAAUCCAACUGCUAUUGGUCAACUUACCUCUCCACCACUUUCACCACAACAACAACAACGAAAGGAAGAUCAUUACGACCGCCAGCCAAUCAUUAAAACAAAACGUAACAAUAGUACCUCUACGAGUAUAAACAAUAAUGGUGGUAAACCACGUAGUCGUUUUUCAGAUAUUGAAGAUUCAAUUAUAUGUGAAGGAGUAGCGAGAGGACUAACGUGGGGUCAAAUCUCCAGUCAAUUACCACAUCGUAAACGUGCCACUUGCUUCAACAGAUAUCGUACCCUUCAGGGAAUUCGUAAAUCUCGAAAUAAUUCUUCUACUAGUACUGAUAAGCAGAUCACUGCAAUUAAGAAUUUGCCUCCUCCAGGUACUAAUAUGAAAUCUCAUAAUAAUAAUAUAAUGAUGCUAUCACCACCUAUCACACCGCCUAAUUCUUCUGCUUGGUUACCUUCUUCGCCACCUUCCUCUUCUAUCAGAUUAUCAGAGGAUAAUGUACAUCGUCGAAGUAGUUUACAUCUGUCUCAUCGUCAUCCUAAUUCUUAUCUUCACCGUCAUCAAUUACCAGCCUUAGUUGCACCUCUACCCACAAGACUUCCUUUACCUUAUUCAUAUGCAAGACCAUAAAUAUUCUAUGUUUGAUCUUUCUUUUCUUUUUUAUUUAUUAAAAACAGAACAAAAACUCAUGCUUUUAAUCACUAAUAAUCAAUCACUUUCUUUUCUUUGUUAGCAAUUAAAAUAAAAUAAAAUAAAGCCUUUUAUCUUUGGUUCUAGAUAACCC